GUCUAAUCUCCAGCACUGACCAGCAAUGCCAUCAGCUAUGGAGGGCUCAGAGGGGGGAGAAGAAGGGGAAAUCUUGAGCUAUGAGGAAACAGAAGAUGACAAUGUCAGUCCCACCGACCUUUCAGAGCUGCUGAAGGAGGGGACUAAGGAAUCCCAUGACCGUGCGGAGAACACUCAGUUUGUCAAAGACUUCCUGAAAGGACGGAUCAAGAAGGAGCUCUUCAAGCUGGCCACCGUGGCACUUUACUUCACAUACUCUGCUCUGGAAGAGGAAAUGGAUCGCAACAAGGACAACCCAGUCUUUGCUCCUCUGUAUUUCCCCCUAGAGCUUCACCGGAGAGAAGCAUUGGUCAAAGACCUGAAAUAUUUCUAUGGAGAAGACUGGAAAGAGAAGAUCCAGUGUUCAGAGGCAACUCAGCACUAUGUGCACAGGAUCCAUCAUGUGGGACAACAUGAGCCAGAGCUGCUAGUGGCUCACGCUUACACACGCUACAUGGGGGACCUCUCAGGUGGCCAAGUGCUGAAGAAGGUAGCCCAGAGGGCCCUGAAGUUGCCAAGCACUGAGGAGGGGAUCCAAUUCUACAUGUUUGACAACAUUUCCAAUGCACAGCAGUUCAAGCAGCUCUACAGAGCGAGGAUGAAUGCUCUGGACUUGGACAAGAACACCAAGGAAAGGAUUGUGGAAGAGGCCAACCGAGCCUUCAGAUUUAACAUGCAGGUAUUUGAUGAACUGGACAAGAUUGGCAGGUCGCUGACAGAAGCAGCCCAGGACGGAGGCUUUCCAGUCCACGAUGGGAAAGGAGACCUACGCAAAUGCCCUUACUAUGCAGACAAACUAGGCAAGGCAGGAACCAGCUGUCCCUAUGAUGCUGCCGUGGCCUUGGCAAAGCAGCCCCUGGUGCAGCUGAUCCUGGCGGCCUGCGUCGCUGUGGCAGCAGGAGCUGCAGCGUGGUACAUCAUGUGAUGGGGAGAGCGGUGCCUGGCUCUAAAAGGUGGCCCUGUCCUUUUUCAAACUGUUCCCUUGCUGUUGGUGGUGAGUUGACUGCAGGGUGGAAGUAAGAAAAUAAACAGGAAUCCUGCGGGACUGUC